AUGAAGUUAAGAGGUCUGCCACACAACGCCACUCAUGCAGGGAAAUGGCGGGGCUUGAUGCCUGGUGUUGAAUCGAAGGCGGGAUCCUCUACCGCUUUUGUUGUUCUGCCUUUUAAAGACCGUUUCACCGGAGGGUUGACCUUGUUGGUUUCUCCCUUUUGCUUCAAAGCCCCUAAAGACAUCCGACACCGCACUGGAUCAAGCUCAACAACACCCCUACUUCUGGGCCGUGGCAAAGGCACCCAAAAGCCUAAAAGAAUGGCCUACACCAUCCAGUAUGAUGACACCCUUCAUGUCGCUUCUAGCGACUGGUAUCUUGGGCAUGAAACCUUGACUGUCGUCUACCCUCCCUACAUCAAUUAUGAUGAGGACGAGGGAAAUGAGGAAGAAUACCAUGAAUCCACGUCGGUCAUCCUCGUUUACGACGACAACGAAGAUGGGACCAGCACAACCAAUGAAGCGAGCGUAGAGCUUGCUGGUUAUCUCCGGGCCGGAUGGGCAGAUGGCAUGAGCUCGGACUCCGACUCGGACAGCGAAUAUAGCGGAUCGCGACGGGAGCAUGUUUCCGACGUCACAACAAUCAGCGUCUCGACUGGCGGCGACUUCCCUAUUAACGACCUCUUGACGCAGCAUAGCGAACUGACUAUGGAUGUCAGCUUCCCUUCGACAAUGUCUGAGCGAGACUUCGGAAGCAUGGUCGAACUAGCGGUUCUUCAGCCAAUGGCGAAUGUCAUGUUGGUUCCUGCCUUGGACCUGACUGGCGCGACCGACAUUCAUGUGGACGACGAGCACCUGGGGUGUGCCCAUGCAAUAAGCGGAGAGGCCUGCCAUUGUCUGACGGCUCGGAAUCUUAGUGCCGUCCAAGAUAUCCUGAAGGAGGUGCGACGGGCCGAAGGUCGAGAGCUGAGAAGACACGAGGCGGCUGAGUGGCAACAUCCGCGAAGCGAGCCGGAUAGACGAAGCGACCAGGCGUGGGAAGAGUUGACAGUGGAUCUCCUUUUCUAG